AUGAGAAGAGGAGUUAAUGGAAUCGACGCUCUGGAGACGAUAAACGCCGCCGCCACCGUCAUCUCGUCCGCCGAGACCCGCGGUCCUCGUGAUUCCGUCCAGAAAAAGCGCUGGGGAAGCUGCUGGAACCUUUACAGAUGUUUCGGCUCAAGCAAGAACAAUAAACGGAUAGGGCACGCUGUCCUUGUUCCUGAACCAACCACACCCACCGAGAGGCCCGACCCUCCCGCAUCCGAACACCUACCCCCAAAUCAGCCUCUGUCCAUCACAGUCCCCUUCGUGGCUCCACCUUCCUCACCCGCCUCAUUCCUCCCGUCCGAACCCCCUUCCACAGCCCAAUCCCCUAAAGGCCUGCUAACCCAAGUGACCUCUGUAUCAUCAAACAUGAUGUCCUCCCCCAGUGGGCCCACCUCAAUAUUCGCCGUUGGGCCAUAUGCCCACGAUACCCAGCUGGUCUCACCCCCCGUCUUCUCGACAUUCACCACCGAGCCCUCCACCGCCCCUUAUACCCCUCCGCCCGAGUCGGUCCACAUGACCACGCCCUCGUCCCCUGAAGUCCCAUUUGCGAGGCUUCUCGAGCCAAAUAGCCAAAACAGUAGCCAGAGAUACCCAUUCACUCAAUACGAACUCCAGUCCUAUCAGCUUCAGCCGGGCAGCCCGGUCAGCCAUUUGAUCUCCCCAAGCUCCGGGAUAUCCGGCUCGGGCACGUCCUCCCCGUUUCUCGACCUUGAUUUUGCUGCCGCCAACUGCCCGUUCUUCCUCGAGUUCAGGACGGGCAACCACCCACCUAAGCUUCUGGAUCUUGAGAAGAUCGUGAGUGACGCCAUGGGGCCCAGGCUGGAUCGUGAGAACUCGGAUGUGAGCCCGCUUCGUAGAGGACUCGUGAGCGACGCUCCUGUGGUGAAUCAUAGAGUGUCAUUUGAUAUGAAUGGAGAUGUUGAACUCGUGCGGUGCGCAGAAAAGAAGCCAUUGGCCUAUCCCGAAUUAGAACUGGGGUCGAUCGGGAAUUUUGAGCAUACAAGAGAAGAAAAACGCAUGAAACCAGAGAACGGGUCCAAGCAUGAAGAAACUCCUGAUAUAAAUCGUGCUGAUGAUGGUGACAACAGUGAUCAUAAACAGCAAAAGACCCGUAAGUUCACGCUUGGCUCGGCUAAGGAAUUUAAUUUUGAAAGUACGAGUGACAGGAUUUAUGACAAGCCGGGUAUUGAUUCGUCCAAUUGGUGGGUGAACGAAAAGGUUGCUGUCGAGGAUGGGUCUCCCGAUAACCACUGGCUGUUUUUCCCGCCUGGUCGUUUCUCUCGAUGA